UUAGACUUGAAGGGGAAAAAAUUGCAGUGUUACUUUCUCCUCUUUCACUUCUGAGAGAAGUAAAAAACCUUUAAAAUCUCAAAGUCGAUUCUUCUCUAGCUCUCUCUAAAAUCAACCAGAUUCUCUUUACGUACACUGCUUCGCUCACUUUGAUUGAACAAUUUGGAUGGGGUUUGAUUAUUGGAUCUCUUCCUCGAGGGUUUGCAAAUUAAAGAAGAGCCUUUUCGGAUUCCUUUUAUGUUUCAAGAAACACAAGUCUCGUUUCUCCUGGCGGUGGUGUCUUCGAGCUCGGGUUCUUCAGUUCUCGUUGGUAUUUCGGGAUAUGGUCACAAGAAAAUCCCUAAGAGAACCUACGUUUGGGUUGGGAACAGGGACACACCUGUCUACAACUCCUAACGCAACUCUCGAAAUCUCUGGUCGUUCUCCGCGAUAAUAACCGCAUCAUCUGGGAUACUCUCUCAGAGAAAAAAGGAGAGAUCUCCGGAGCUGGUGGCGGAGCUCCUGGCUAACGGAAAUUUGGUGCUGAGAUACUCGCAAAGCAUGGACCCAAGAGGUUAUUUGUGGCAGAGUUUUGUGAUCCAUCCGACACGUUACUUGAGAAUCCAGCAAGAGGAGACUACAUCUUUGAACACAUCUUGAGAAUCCAUCCGACACGUUACUUCCGGGUAUGAAAUUUCCUAGGAUUUUCAUCUCCGAGGGAGAGGAAGCUAUCAAAAAGUAUCGGAGCGGCGGUUGGAAUGGUAUCGAAUUCGCUGACGUUCCCAUGGUUUUCAAUUCAAGUAAUCAAGAUGGUCAGACGUCUUUUUUGUUUCAAGACACCAACCCUUAUUCUAGAGUCACAUUGACGUUCAGAGGUAUUUUGAUGUGGUAUACGUGGGAUAUAACAUCACAAGAAUGGAUCACUCGAUGGAGUGCACCAAUUACAAAUUGUGAUCAGUAUAACCAUUGUGGCACCAACAGUUACUGCGACGGGAACAUGUGUAAGUGCAUCAAAGGGUUUGAGCCAAACAUCGCAGGAGGAGGAUGUUUUAGAAAAAAACCGCUGAGCUGCGAUAGCAACAGGUUUUGUCUCUUCACCAGAAUGAAGUUGCCGGAUACAAUGGAUGCAAAUAUAUAUACCUCACACGAAAAGAAAAGUUGUCGUCAUAUGUGUAUCAAUGACUGCCACUGCACGGCUUAUACACUGAUUGUCUAUCAAAAUGGCACUUUAUCAUCAAACUGUGUGACUUGGAGCAAAGACCUCGUGGAUGUUCAAACUUACGCCCAAGCAGGUCAAGAUUUGUACAUCAGACUCAAUGGAAAGAAGAAGAACAAAAAGUGGCUUAUCAUAGGUCUGAGCGUUGGAGCCGCUGCUGCUCUCAUCAUCAUUAUAAUUGUGGUACUGGUUUGUAUUUGGAAAAGGAAACAAAAGUUAGCAAGAGCGACUGCAGUAAAUGAAAAUGUUAUGGAAUCGCAAACCGAAGAAAAUAUCUUUGGAGCAGAGGAUAUAGGGACUCCGCAACUUCCACCCAUGGAUUUUGGAACAAUAUUAAGCGCCACAGAGAACUUCUCUGAUGCUAAUGAGAUUGGACAUGGUGGAUUCGGUACUGUAUAUAAGGGAUGUUUACCUAGCGGGCAAGCAAUUGCGGUGAAAAGACUCUCUGAGAUCUCAAGACAAGGGACUGUGGAGUUCAAAGCCGAGGUGAUGUUAAUUGCAAACCUCCAGCAUAUCAAUCUAGUUAGACUUCUUGGUUGGAGCGUUCACGAGGAUGAGAGGGUCUUGGUAUAUGAAUACCUUGAAAACGGAAGCCUCCACCAUCGACUUUUUGGUGACUUCUUUAUACAAUAUAUGAUAUAAUAAUUAAGUUAACAUCCUUAUUAUUAUUUUAAUUUAUCGAAUUGUUUUCUAACCGCGUUAUAGGUGGAGGCGAAAACUCAUGUGAGCUGAACUGGCAGAGGAGAUUUGACAUAAUUAAGGGCAUCGCUCAAGGACUUGCGUAUAUGCAAGAAGGUUCGCGAGACAUGAUUAUUCACAGGGAUCUUAAGCCAGGUAACAUCUUGCUUGAUAGAGGUAUGAUCCCCAAAAUUUCAGAUUUCGGGUUGGCAAGAAUCUGUGACAGGAGCGAGAGAGAGACUAAAACUACGAAGCCGUCUAGUACUUAUGGUUACAUGUCUCCGGAGUAGGCAGAGAAUGGGUGGUAUUCAACAAAGUCAGAUAUCUUUAGCUUCCGGGUGAUACUCCUUGAGAUUGUUACUGGGAAGGAGAACAGAGCCUUUUCAUACACGCUGUGCAGCACUAAUCUUCUAAGCUAUAUUUGGACCAACUGGAAUGACGAUAACUGGGAGGAUACUGUUGAUCAAACCAUACGAGACUCAUCAUCAUCAUUUCAGAAACAACAAGUCCGAAGAUGCCUAGAAGUUGGUCUCUUGUGUGUUCAGCAAGAUGCAGAGGACAGACCAACUAUGUCGUCGGUGUUAUUGAUGCUUGUUAAUGAUACAGCUGCCAUCCCGAGCCCUAAACUUCCUGGUUUCUUCAGGGCUGAGGGUCACAAUGAGGCUUCCAUAACGUCUGGUUCUUUAAUAUCUACCGCCAUAAGAUACUCCUCCUCGACAUCACGCCCCAGUUAUUAAAUCGUUUUGUUAAUCUGUAAUAUCUUCAUGCUUCUAUAUAUGCUGCUAUAUAUGAUAUUGCUGUUCAAGACGAUUGAUAUUUACAAUUUCCAAGUAAUAAAGAGACCUUGCAUGUGGUUA